UCCUUCUUGGCUUUCUUUUCUUUCUUUGCUUGAAGAGUUUUGAGGAGAGGGAAGGAGAGCGGGGAGGGAGAGAGAGAUGGAGGGGAAGGAGGAGGAUGUUAAGCUUGGAGCUAACAAGUUCGCGGAGAGGCAGCCCAUAGGGACUGCAGCGCAGAGCCAGGACAAGGACUACAAGGAGCCACCACCAGCACCACUGUUUGAGCCGGGGGAGCUCAGGUCAUGGUCCUUCUACAGGGCUGGAAUCGCCGAGUUCAUGGCCACCUUCCUCUUCCUCUACAUCAGCAUCCUCACUGUUGUGGGUGUGGCGAAGGCCCCCAGCAAGUGCUCCACUGUGGGCAUCCAGGGGAUUGCUUGGGCCUUCGGAGGCAUGAUCUUUGCCUUGGUCUACUGCACUGCUGGCAUCUCUGGUGGCCACAUCAACCCUGCAGUGACCUUUGGCCUGCUGUUGGCAAGGAAGCUGUCCCUGAUCAGGGCCGUUUUCUACAUGGUGAUGCAGUGCCUGGGUGCCAUCUGUGGUGUUGGCGUGGUCAAGGGCUUCCAGACGGGUCUCUAUGAGAGCAAUGGUGGUGGAGCCAAUGUUGUUGCCCGUGGCUACACCAAGGGUGCCGGCUUGGGUGCUGAGAUUAUUGGCACCUUUGUCCUUGUUUACACUGUCUUCUCUGCAACCGAUGCCAAGAGGAAUGCCAGAGAUUCUCAUGUUCCUAUUCUUGCUCCCUUGCCUAUUGGGUUUGCUGUUUUCCUUGUCCACUUGGCCACCAUCCCCAUCACUGGCACUGGCAUCAACCCUGCUAGAAGUCUUGGAGCUGCUGUCAUCUACAACCAGCGCCAUGCCUGGGAUGACAUGUGGAUCUUCUGGGUGGGUCCCUUCUGUGGAGCUGCCCUUGCUGCCAUCUACCACCAGAUAGUCAUCAGAGCCAUUCCAUUCAAGAGCAGGCCUUGAGCAUGUCUGUGGAUUCUGUUCAUCAGACCUUGUGGCUUCCUUCCAUAUCCAACCUGUCCUGCUGUGGUCUUCCAUUUUAUCUUCUUUUACUCUCUCUUUAAUCCCACUCAAUGUUUUCCAGGACCCACUGUUGUUUGUUAAGUGUGUAAAUUAAGUAAUGGUGUACUGCAACUAGUUUGCUGCUGCUUCAAGAGUUUAUAAUUUUAUUUAUAUCCUUGUCUCCAUCUCUUCUUACAUCUUAAGCCGAUCCUAUGUUUUAUC